AUGACCUUGCUCCAUGACCUAUUCACUUCAAGAAACCUACAGGCAUUCCAGCGGUCGCUCUCCGUCGAUCAUACUAGUGGGAAUGGAACCCUGCAGAGUACAAGUGCGCCAACGAGCGGAGGGAAGUCAUGGAACCGCGCUAGUUCAUUGACGUCGGUGAAGACGAUGUAUGAUGUGAAUAAGGUUGAUUGGCUUGGGAGGACGCCGUUGCACCUUGCGUGUGCUUCUGUGGAGUGCAUUGAAUAUGUUAGGGCGCUGUUGAAGCAUCCGGGUGUUAAUGUCAAUUUGCAGGAUAGGGAGAGUCAUUGGACGCCGUUGCAUAGGGCGUUGUAUCAUGCCAAUUUACCUGCUGCGUUGUUGCUCCUUCAACGCACGGAUAUCGAUCCCUCGCUGAAGGAUUUGGAGGGGUACACCGCUUUCGACCUGUACAACUCCACUUUAAACGGGACGAAACCUUCAGCGUCGGACGAUAAGCACGCAGAACUAUUCACAUGGGGUACCAACCGAAACGCAGUUCUGGGACUGGGAGACGGGGACGAUAGAAUUUACCCAGACCAAAUUGUAAUCCAACCCCAAAUCGAUGCAGCCGAGCUACAGAAGAUGGGUUUAGAAGCGAGAUUUUCGCCCAUUCACGUACAUCAAGUCCAGAUGUCCAAGCUGCACACAGCGGUUGUGACGUCUGAAAGUGGUGGAAACGUCCGUGUGUGUGGAUUUGGAAGUGGUGGCCGCCUCGGCCCAGGCCAACACACGCAAUACAGCCUCAAAUCUCUACCCCACUUCACACACACCAUCGUCUCCGUCGCGCUCGGCCAAGACCAUACUCUAGCGCUCACGAAAUUGGGGGAAGUCCUCAGUUGGGGGUUGAAUAGGUUUUCGCAGCUUGGAUACGUCGUAGAGUCGAGACACGAAGAGCAGAUUCAGGCUACGCCGAAAAAGAUUUAUGGACCGUUGAGGAAGGAGGUGGUGCGUGGUGUUGGUGCGUCGAAAUGCGCUUCCGCGUGUUGGACGGAGGGGGAGGUGUUUACGUGGGGUACUAAUAAUGGGCAGUUAGGGUAUGAUAAGGCUGCACACCCCGUUCAAGUUCUGCCGAAGAAGAUUAUAAAAGUGAAUCAGCCUGUUAUUGCUAUUGCGCUUACAGACUCAGCGAUGGCAUGUCUACUUCGUAACCAACAAGUCGAAUGUAUCUGGAACGACAGACACUACAGGAUCAACUUCCCAACACAAGCCUUCCCAUCCGAGAUCCAGCCCUACAGACCCCCUCAAGCUGUAAAAGACGCGCACAUAUCGAAGAUAACGUCGUGCGAUGACGUUUUUGCGGCGCUCUCGUCGAAUGGGGAGGUGUUUACGUUUUCGGUGCCCAUUUUGGGGGGUACGAGCUCGAAUGCGAUGGAAGGAUUGAGUGGGUCGGUGCCGUCUUCAGAAAGUAGGGUUGGUGGUGCGCCGUUUAAACCUCAGAGGGUGUGGGCGUUGAGGAAGAAGUUUAGUGCUGUCAAGGACGUAGCCCUCGGCUCAGAAGGCUCCAUCAUAAUAUGCACAGAAGCAGGCCACGUCUUCGUGCGCACGCGUUCCUCCCCCGCCUCCUCCCCUUCCUCUUCUGGCUCAGGCAACAAAAAUCCAAAUUCAAGCAACUCCGGAAAAACGUUCAAGUUCCAACGCGUACCGUACCUUCAACGCGUCACGCAAGUGUGUGCGAAUAGUACGGGUGCGUAUGGUGCGCUUCGGGUGGAUUAUCGGCCUAGGGAGGUUGAGGUGGGGCGGAGGGGGGUUGAGGAGGAUUUGUGUGCUGUACGGCCUUUUGGGGAUUUGGAUGUGAAUAAGGAGGAGGAGGAGGAGGGGGAGGGGGAGGGGUGUUUGAAUAUGAGGAGGAGGAGGAGAGCGGGGAGAGUGGAUGAUGAGGCUUCGACUUUGACUUUGAAGGCGCUGGACGAUGGAGCGGAGGAGGAGGAUGAUGGGCCUAUUCGGCGGGAUGUUGGGACUCUGCUUGAUUUGGUUGAGGUUUUGGAGCGUGAGAAGGAGCGUGGAGAGGGAGGAGGAGUUGGUGGAGUCUUUCCUCAUGGUGCAGAUACCAUCCUGUCUACCACCAAAGAAGGGACAGUCUUUAUCGCUCACCGAGUGAUCCUCGCUGCGCGUUCGCCCGUGUUCAGGAGGGUGUUGGCUGGGAAAGGUGUUCAUUCUCAAGCAGGCAUCACGCUUCGCCUUCUCUCAACCACGCCUACGUCAAAACCAAAAGCAACAACCCACUUAUCCAUCUCAGGCUGCCACCCUUUCUCCAUCCUCAUCCUCCUGCAAUACCUCUACACUGAUGACCUUCUAGCCAUCUGGGACCGUCGUGUGUAUACGGUCAUUGAAAAGCAGCUAGUUGCUGCUGGGAUCAGCCAUGCGCAGGUCAAGGUGGAGUUGAAGGCGCUAGCGGGGUUGUUGGAGCUUCCUUUACUUGCGUAUGCAUUGGAGUGGCCGUCGAAGAGGGUUCCUGGGCCGAGUUUGAGGAGGGACUUGGGGAGGGUGUUCGAUGAGGUUAACUCGAACUUGGGUGGCCUUAACGAAUCUGACGUGGACGAAUCACAAGACCCACUUGCGCCUGAUGUUGUUCUGGAAUUGGCGGAUAGGGACGUGCGUUGUCAUUCGUUGUUCCUUCGCGCACGAUCGGAGUUGUUUGAGAGUUUUUUUGAGGAGGGGGAGUGGACUGAGAAGCGGUGGAGUGAUGGUGGUGUUGUUAGGAUUGAUUUGAAGCAUCUUGAUUGGGGUGUUAUGGAGUAUGUGUUGAGGUAUAUGGUGUGUGGUGUGGAGGAGGGGUUGUUUGAGAAGUUAGAGUUUGCGAGUACGGUUGAUAAUGUGCUCGAUUUCAUGUUUGAUGUUAUGGGUGCAGCUAACGAACUCCUCCUCGACCGAUUAAUUCUCCUUUGCUCAGCCGUGAUCCUGAAAUACUUGAACAUCCACAACGCAUGUUACAUCUUAUCAGAUGCAACGCACUACCACGCCACUCAGCUCGUGGAGAGUGUUCAAGGGUACAUGACAGCCAACAUGGAGUCCCUCCUUGAAAGUCGAAUGCUAGACGACAUGCCCUACGCGCUCGUCAAACAGCUAGCCAAGUUCGCUCGUCAACAGCAGCUUGAAAAGUCACCUUUUUCGCGCUCGGGUGUGUUUGUUGAGAAGGUUAUGGAGAAACAUACAGAGUGGCUGAAGUUGCAGGAUUUACCUGAGCCUAUUGUCGGUUCUCAUCAUCAUCAUAAAAAUGGGCCAAGGAAAGAGGCUGCUGUGGGCAGGGUUAAGCUGUCGCCUCCUGGUUCUGGGUCGAGCAAGAAGUCUGUUGAACCGAUUGAACGCCCGAAUCCUACGACUCCGCAGAGGACGCUGCGUCGUCCGCCUUCAGGGGAUGAUGUGUUUAUUAUGGAUGAACCGGACUCUCCUAGGGCUGAGUCGAUCCCAUUGACACAUCAAGCUCCUCCUCCUCCGACUUCGCCUCCUGUGUGGAAAGCUGCGACUGUUCCUCGGGUGGAUAUGAAGACUGUCAUGGUUGAAGCUGCUUCGAUGUCCAGAACACCAUCUAAACAAGGCCCAUCGAACCAGAAACCGCCAUUACUGAGUACUGGGAGUGGUAAUUGGAAGGUACCCUCAUCCGAGCCUAGGAAGCCCUCUUCAUCGUCAUUUGAUGGACCCAGUGGUUUUCCGUUAUUGGGCGAACCGUCGCCUUCGAAGGGCUGGAGGAAUUCUGCUGAUCAACGGUCUACGCCUUCUGUUGUGUUACCCAGCCCUUCCCGAGUAGGUGGAGGUGAAAAAAGUGGGUCUCGGGCGCAAGUGCCUCUGCCUUUGCCUCUGUCUCUGGGACGCACAACACAGCAUGCGGUGCAAGGUCUUGGACCUAUGAUCACGCCUACCCGACAGUCCCCGGCAUCCAAGUCGAAGCCCAGUACGAUCCCAGGGUCUCGUAGCGUUUCUGGAAACGGCAACACGAAAGCAUGGACGCUCCCCCCAGUCCAACCCGUCGUCGCUACACCAACGACGACAUCCAAUAUAUCCUUCGUCGCUAUCCAGCAUUCUCAGGCUGAGGCUGAACAGGGUGGGCCUGUGAAGGAUAAGCGGUCUUUACGAGAGAUUCAGGAGGAGGAGAGGUCGUUGAGGGAGGAAGCGGACUUUUUGAUGUGGUGGGGUAAGGAGGAGGAGAGGGUGAAGAGGGAGGUGGAGGCGCUUGAGGGGUUUAGGAGUGAACGUGAGCGAGAAAGGGAGGGUGGGGGUAAGAAGGCGCCAAGGAGAAGAGGAGGAGGAGGGGGUGGGAGGGGUAGACAGGGUGGUGGUGGUGGUGGUGGUGGGGAUGAUGGACAGGCGCAGUGUUCGCGGAGGGCCAGUGGGCACCAACCUAAGAUUUAUUCUUAA